CUCUCUGCACUCAACGCAGAACCUUAACCCCAGCCUACUCUCCCAACAGCCACACUGAAUUCAAGGGCAAGGGCACCCUUUGCUCUCUAAAGCUAUAAAAUCAGGCAGAAUGUAGCGACAAAAAGCAGUGGACGGUGGGGAGAAGGAAAAAAACACCGUUUCCUGUUGCUUUAAUCCCUUCAAUCAGGCUGCCCGGGAGCGUGCUGGCUGCCUGCCCGCCGAGGAGGCCGGCAACGAGGGGCCGCCGAGGACAACCCGGUCACUCGGCUCAGCUUCCCGCAGCACGGCACAGCGCCUGGGCUGAGGGGCGGCGCGUUUGGGGCUGCCCAUCACCCCUCGUAGAGCCGUGGAGUGCAACUUCGAGAAGCUGCAGGGGAAGGGGGGGAGCGAAGGCUACACACCCAGCAGCAGGCCGUCCAUGUCAAAGAUGAGAUAACUUGGUUUUGGUCAUCAGGAUCGCUGGCUACAAGUCAAAACCUCAUCUGCAGAAGCAGACACGAUGGUAGCAAUCUCAUGCUCUCAGGGUGCCACACUGACCUGAAGAUUAAUGCUGCUUUGAGGUUCUCUGCCAAAGCUAUGUUGGAGGAAAGUACUCUCUCAUCCUGUAGUGUUUUCCUUCUCUUUUCCCCUCCACUCUUCUGCUUCAGCUCACGUGACUGGACUUUGCACUCGUUUACUGAUAAUACAGGCACAGCCAUCUUGUAUGAAAACUAGAGGCAGAAACAGAAACAGUUCCGUGCUGCAAGGGUGCUCUCCUUAUGGAUAUUGGGAAGUACAAACCUGUGUUUGGGUGUUUAGUUCCUGUCAGACCAGCAGCUGAGGCUGUACUAAUACCAGCAGAACCACAGUAGCCAAUAGGGGAAGCACUGCAUACAGCUGCCUGGUGGAAACCAUACUUGGUGGGGAAAGAAGUCAAUUAGGGAGGAACAGCAGCAGGAUGGUGAUGGAGUGGUAGUAGAAACAGCAGCACCUGUGCAAGCAGAAUUGGAUGAAUCAAGCAGCCACAUCCAAGAGGAAGAAGAUGGGAGUACUUUUAUUUUUAACAGUUUUCCAGUGUGCCAUAAAUAGUGUCAAUACCUAUGGUGUUUCAAAUCCCAAUGUUGUUUUACUGAUAGCUGAUGAUCUUGGUAUUGGAGACCUGGGAUGUUAUGGGAACAGAACUUUAAGAACACCUAAUAUUGACAGGCUAGCAAAAGAAGGAGUGACACUUACUCAGCAUAUAGCAGCAUCACCACUGUGUACUCCAAGCAGGGCAGCUUUCCUGACAGGGAGAUAUCCUAUCAGAUCAGGAAUGGCAGCUUUUUCACGAGUUGGUGUCUUCUUAUUUUCUGCUUCUUCUGGGGGACUUCCUUCUGAAGAAAUAACAUUUUCCAAACUCUUGAAGCAAAGAGGUUAUGCAACAGCUCUAAUAGGAAAGUGGCAUCUUGGGAUGAACUGUGAAAGCAAUAAUGACUUUUGUCACCACCCCCUCAGUCAUGGAUUUGAUUACUUUUAUGGGCUUACUGUGACCAACCUUAGAGACUGCAAGCCUGGCCACGGAAGCGUGUUUUUAAAAGGUGUUCAGAGGUACCUUGUCAUUUUAAUCCAAAUCCUUGGAGUCACCGUAGUCUCAGUGGCAGUAGUGCAUUAUAUUGGCUUCUUCAAAGUACCCUUCCAAGCACUGGGCCUCUGUCUGUUAAUCAUCUCUAUUUCACUUGCAGUUUUGAUUUUUUUCUUUUAUAAUUUCCGACACCUGAACUGCUUUUUAAUGAGGGACCAUCAGAUAAUCCAGCAGCCAUUGUCCUAUGAGAAUCUUACUCAGAGACUGACAACAGAAGCUGUACGAUUUAUAGAAAGGAACCAUAAUGCACCAUUUCUUCUUGUCCUGUCUUAUCUUCAUGUCCAUACUGCUCUAUAUGCUUCAAAAAUGUUCAGAGGAAAAAGCAGGCAUGGAUUAUAUGGAGAUGCAGUAGAGGAAAUGGACUGGAGUGUAGGACAGAUGCUGGAUGUUCUGGAGAAUUAUAAUCUGAGCAGUAGAUCUCUGGUAUACUUUUCAUCUGACCAAGGGGCUCACAUUGAAGAAAUCUCUAGCUCUGGAGAAGUCCAUGGGGGUUGCAACGGUAUAUAUAAAGGUGGAAAAUCAACUAACUGGGAAGGAGGUAUUCGUGUGCCAGGGCUUCUCCGUUGGCCUGGAGUGAUACAGGCUGGCACUUAUAUUGAUGAUCCAACGAGCAACAUGGAUAUUUUUCCUACCAUUGUCAAACUUGCUGGGGCACAGUUACCCUAUGACAGAAUUAUUGAUGGACAUGAUCUGAUGCCUUUACUUCAAGGAAAAGUUAUCCGAUCGAAGCAUGAAUUUCUUUUCCAUUACUGUAAUGCAUAUUUAAAUGCAGUACGAUGGCAUCCAGGAAACAGUGAAUCUGUCUGGAAGGUCUUUUUCUUCACUCCAAACUUCACUCCUGAGGAUUCCAGUGGUUGCUAUGACUCUCAUGUUUGCUUUUGCUACGGAGGUUUCGUCACGCACCAUGAUCCCCCACUGCUCUUCGAUCUCUCCAGAGACCCUGAAGAGAAAGUCCCACUGACCCCAGAAACAGAGAGCCGGUUCUAUGAAAUUCUCAGUGUCAUGCAGCUAGCAGUAGAUAACCACACCAGAUCUCUGCAAGCUGUCUCUGACCAGCUGUCCUGGAACAACCUUGUCUGGAAGCCUUGGCUGCAGCUUUGUUGCUCAUCCUUCUCUCAGUUUUGCUACUGUGACUAUGACUCAGAAAACAGCCUGCCAGAAGUGUAUUCUGGAUAAACAAACUGCAACUUUGUUGUUUUCCUUCUCAGAACAAGGAGAAUAUCUAGGUAGCCUUAGAAGUCUUUGUUAUAUAGGAUAUACAGUCUUUAGUACAAUAUUACAAUAGAAUUUCAAAAAUUAUGCCAUAAGAAGGAGCAUAAAAAAACAGCUUAUCUGACUUAAUAAUACAAUAAAUGGUAGAAAAAAGGUUUUGCUGCCCAUAUCCAUAAAAGUAUGCCUUUUCUAGAGGAGAUCAUUUUUCACAUUGUCAGCUUCAACAUUGUUCUUACACAAUGAGGAAUUUACUUACUGUUUCUGCCUGUUAUAGCCACUAAAUGCACACACAGCAGUCCUUGUCAGUAUUAUCCAUGGCUAUUAGGACAUUCUACCAAAAAUUAACAAAUAGAGAAUAUAACGGAGGAAAAGUUCUUCUAACUAUAGUUUGAUGACUGAUAGACAAGAAAAGAACAGAUUCUACAAGCAUCAGUGAUAUCAGAUAGAAUCAUAGAACCAUAGAAUUGCUCAGGUUGGAAAAGGCCUUAAAGAUCAUUGACACAGCCUAACCACACUACCCUAACUAACAACCCCCCACUAAAU